AUCUCACCUCACCCGACUCUCCAAUUGCAUCAUCGAGUCGGGCCAGAAGAUAAGGAAUGUAGGUAGGUAUAAGGUGAUUGCGGCUAAUGAACGUACUUCGCCCAUCAGCGCAGCUCACAUUAUCCGACCUGCUUAUCUACUUACCCGCCUUUCCCUUCGCCUCGAGAUAGGUAUCGGCCCUCAUCGCCUCGAUAGCAAGGAUAAUGGCAGCGAAAACAGCAGGAGCAGCAGAAGUCAGGCCGGCCUCCGAGGGGACCGUCGACGGACUGGCGUCCUACGUCGGAGAGUUCGCCGCGACGCCGGGGCCGCUCUCGAAGCCGCUCGCGGACCUCCUCGCGACGUACAGCGGAAUCCCACGCGACGCGCAGGCCGCGCACAUCGUGCGCGUGCGCGACGAGGCCUACGCGCGGUUCCCGUACCCGUGCCUCGGCACCUUCCGGUUCCUCGACCUGGACCUCGCGGCGCACUUUGGGUACGCGGAGCACGUGCUGGCGCCGCUGCUGGCGCCGCGCGCCGUCGGCGCGGAGGAGGAGGAGGAGGAGGGUGAGGGCCCGCUGUUCCUCGACCUCGGUACCUGCUUCGGGCAGGACCUGCGGCGGCUGGCGCACGACGGCGUGGCCGCGGCGCGGCUCUGGGCGAGCGACAUCGAGCCGGAGCUCGUCGAGCUCGGGUUCCGGCUGUUCGGGGACGCGGGACGGCUGGGUCGCGGGCGCUUCCUGUGCCCGGGGGAUCUGCUCGCGGCGGCGGACGACGCCGGGGACCGGCUGCGCGAGCUCGACGGCCGCGUCACCAUCCUGCACGCCACCGCCGUCUUCCACCUGUUCUCGCUCGACGAGCAGCGCCGCGCCGCCGACCGCUGCCUGCGGCUGCUGCGCCGCGACCCCGCCCGCCCCGCGCUCGUCAUCGGCGCCCAGGUCGGCAGCCUCACCCCCGGCCCGUUCUCGCGCCGCAACCUCUCCGGCAACUACAUCCACAAGUACCGCCACGACGCGCGCACCUGGCGCGACCUCUGGCGCGACGCCGCCGCCGCCCCGCCCUGGCGCGACCUCGUCGCCCGCGUCGACGUCGAGUCCCGGCUCCUGCGGCGCGUCCACGGCCAGGACGCCGACGGCGACGCCGUCACCACCUUUGUCGACGCCGACGCCGACACGCCCAUCGUCUGGCAGAUGUUUGAGGUCUGGGUUACGUUUGCAGAGCAGCCGAAAUAGACGAUAGGCAAGAGGAGAGACAAGUGGACGGAGAUCCCAAGAUAGGGGGCUAGAGUUAUGAGUUACGACGGAUACAAUGUGUUGCCAGGAAGGGGUGUUCUUAGCUGCUUUUAGCACUGUGUUAGGUUGAUAGGGAAGGAGGAAUAGCAGUCGAGAGUUCCUCUGUAGUUGUGUGAGCAGACGAGGGCGGGUUGAGAUUACCUAGAUAUAGCAACUCUUGCUAAUGCUCAGAAACGGAGCCCAGCUCAACUAGUAGACUUCAAACACUCGCAAACGUGGCCCCACUGUGCCACACUAUCUCAUUUAAUACUAC